AGGCGGCGGCGGAGGGGGGAAAGGGAAGAAGAGAAGGCCGCCAGGAGGAAAGAAGCAGGCCGGGCCUUCGCUGUUGCUGCUACUUCUGCCGCCGCCGCCGCCGCCUUUGACCGAAGGAGGGAGGCGCAGAGAGAGGGGGAGCGCGCUACUCGAGGCCGGGGCUGAGGCGGAGGCCUAGGCCUCCCUCCCCUCCUUCCCUCCAUGAUGGCGUCCUCCUGAGACGGAGGAGGCCCUUCCUUCCGCGCCGCCCGGGGGAGCGGGUCAUGGGCUUCGGCGCCGGAAGGAGACGAAGAAGAAGAAGAAGAGGCAAAGAGAGGCAGGCCCAGACCCCAUUGCAGCCAAGGAGGAGACCCCUAGAAGUAGCAGCAGCACCUGCUUCCCUGCAGCAGGAGGCCACAAGGAGGAGGCCGUGAGGGACAGCAGCCAUGGCCCACUCUCCAGUGGCCGUGCAGGUGCCUGGAAUGCAGAACCAUAGAGCAGACCCCGAAGAGCUUUUCACGAAGCUUGAACGCAUCGGGAAAGGAUCCUUUGGGGAAGUCUUUAAAGGCAUUGAUAAUCGGACGCAGCAAGUGGUGGCCAUCAAAAUCAUAGACCUGGAAGAGGCCGAAGAUGAAAUUGAAGACAUCCAGCAGGAGAUCACUGUUCUGAGCCAAUGCGACAGCCCAUAUGUCACAAAAUACUACGGCUCCUAUUUGAAGGGCACAAAGUUAUGGAUAAUAAUGGAAUACUUAGGCGGGGGAUCGGCAUUGGAUCUGCUCCGGGCCGGCCCAUUCGACGAGUUCCAGAUUGCAACGAUGCUCAAGGAAAUCCUGAAAGGCCUCGACUAUCUACACUCAGAGAAGAAGAUCCACAGAGAUAUAAAAGCCGCCAACGUCUUGCUGUCGGAGCAAGGAGAUGUCAAACUCGCAGAUUUUGGCGUCGCAGGACAACUGACCGAUACCCAGAUCAAGAGGAACACCUUUGUCGGGACGCCGUUCUGGAUGGCCCCUGAAGUCAUCCAACAGUCAGCUUAUGACUCAAAAGCUGAUAUCUGGUCUCUGGGAAUCACUGCCAUCGAACUGGCGAAAGGAGAGCCGCCCAACUCCGACAUGCACCCAAUGCGAGUUCUCUUUCUUAUCCCCAAGAACAACCCUCCCACUUUAAUAGGGGACUUCAGCAAACCCUUCAAAGAGUUUAUAGAUGCGUGUCUCAACAAGGACCCAACGUUUCGCCCCACAGCGAAGGAACUCCUAAAGCACAAAUUCAUCCUAAAGAACGCCAAGAAGACGUCUUACCUGACAGAGCUGAUCGACAGGUUUAAGAGGUGGAAAGCCGAAGGGCACAGCAGCGAUGAAACUGACUCUGAUGGUUCCGAUUCGGAGUCUAGCAACAAGGAGAACAAUUCUCACCCAGAGUGGAGUUUUACUACCGUUCGGAAGAAGCCAGAUGCCAAGAAACUGCAGAACGGAACAGACCAAGAUCUCAUGAAAACCCUGAGCUGCUUAUCCAUGAUUAUCACCCCUGUCUUUGCCGAGCUCAAGCAGCAAGACACCAAUAACGCCAGCAGGAAGAAGGCCAUCGAAGAGCUUGAAAAAAGCAUCAGUUUAGCUGAAACGACGUGUCCAGGGAUCACAGACAAGAUGGUGAAGAAGCUGAUGGAGAAAUUUCAGAAGUUUUCCGUGAACGACUCCUCCUAAGCAAUGGAUGCCGUUUCAAUCCGGCAUCCGGCCCACCAGAACAUACUCUAGAAAAAGCUUGGCAGAUGCUUUGGUCGUCAGCUCCUUGUGCCUUUCGGGAUCAUUGCGACGUUAUCUGAGGAUCGGGGGAUUUCAAAGGACCGGACUCUACUGAUUUCGUGAUGGCUUCUUCUUCUUCUUUUUGUAUAUCCGGGACACAUCCCUUUUUAUUUUAAUUUGUAAAGAGCAACUUUUAAUAGGGUAGUUUCCACCAAUUUAAUCCAGUUGAGAACAAACACCAUGCGUUUAGCUACUAGGUGUAAUUUAGGGGCAAUUUGCGAGAUCUGGAGGCGGACGACGCCCAUUCAGUCACUUGGUGAAAAGUACAUUUUUCUGAUGGUCUUCUCACUCCUUUGGUUCGAAAGCGACCCAUAGAAUGGCGAAACGGGGCGGCUUUCCACCGAAAUAUGUAACCCUUGGCCAACUUUCUAGCUGGCGAAAUGCUGUAAAACCCUACGGCUUUUUGGGGAAACGGGCUCCGCAAUCGCCUCCCGUUUUUGAGAGCAAUAUGCCGAUAGCUUUGCGAGUUUCACGUUGUAGCUUAGUGAACAGUUUGUAAGUGUCUUUUUCCCCCUUUCUGGUUAAAUCAUUCAUCAUGGUAAGGAGAAUUUUGUUAAAAAGCAAUAUAGUUGCGGAAGUCCUUUCUUUUGGGGAGAGGGCAAUAAUGGACCCGCAAUCCGGCUUCACUGAAUCCCCCUUCUUUUUUUCCAUUUUGGGAGGAAAUACCUCGCAAACAGGUAUCAAAACGCAUGCGAGCAACACCAGCGAUGUUUGGGUUUUCUCUUCCUUAUGAGAUAUUUAUACGCUUUGUUCCAAAAAAAUUACAUAAAAUUGCGUUACAAUGAGCUUACUUCCCCAUAUAUGUAUAUAUAUGCAGUAGAGUCUCGCUUAUCCGACUUUUGCUUAUCCGACAUUCCAUCUUAUCCAACACUCUUAUCUGAUGCCCCCCUUUUCCUUCAGCAUUUCACCUUCAAUUAAAAGAGCGCUCCCCAAUUCUCUCUCCAUUCCCAGUAAGUGAAAAAGACAAGGAAAGGAGGAGGAAGGGAGGAAGGAAGGAGGAGAAGAGGCAGGACCAGUAGCGGAAGCGUCCUCCCUCCUUCCCUCUUCCGCAUCCGGCCAUUUCCUGCUGCAUUUCCCCUUCAAUUAAAGGAGUGCUCCCCAACUCUCUCUCAGUUCCCAAUAAGUUAAAAAGGCAAGACGAGGAGGACAAGGAGGGAGGAAAGGGGGAAAAGAGGCAGGACCGGAAGCGGAAGCAUCCUCCCUCCUUCCCUCUGUGAUUUCCACACUCCUCUUCCGCAUCCGGGCACUUCCUGCUGGGCCGCUCUAGCCCCGAGGUCUUGCCUUGCCUUGCCUGAGUCUCUGUUGGUAGUAUUCUAGGUGUCCAGUGCCACGUCAGGCAGGUAACAGUCAGAGAUUCCGUAUUAUCCAAAAUUUUCGUUUAUCCGACAUUCUGCCGGCCUGUUUGUCGGAUCAGCGAGACUCUACUGUAUAUAUAUAUUUACCCGUUAGUAUGCAAAAUAACUGAGUUAGAGACAUUCUUUCACACACAACAACAACAACAAAAAGGUAGUACUGUGCAGUAAGGGUGAUUUUUUGAAUUAUUAAACUCGCUUUUAGUUAUAUAUUUAUGGUACUGUUUAGAUGGGUUAAUCUCUCUUUUUUUUCCUCCCUUUUUCGACCCAAUCUGUAUAUUAUGCUGAAGUUUGAAGUGUGGGGUUGUAUUUCAGUCCUUAGCUGUGGAACAUGUGGGUGUAAAUUUAUUUUUGAUAAAGAAGUCUUGGAUGUGUUUUAAUUUUAUAGUUCAGCUCUGCACAUGUUUAUCUUUUCUUUUUUGCACAAAAGUCCAUUGCUUUUUUAGAAAAAGGAUUUGAAGUCUAUCUGCCAAAUAUUGAAAGAGUUGCAAGCAAAUAUUGAAUUUUUUUUAGUUUCAAAAAGUUGCCAUUAUUACAUCCUUUUUUUAAAAAAAGGUAAUAGAUAUAUAAAGACGCUGGCAAGAGAUAGGGGUGGGGUUGGGAUUGCAAAGGGCAAUUAUUUUCAAUGGUGCCUACACUGUAAAAAAAAAUAAGAGAGAAAAAAGACAUUACUUUUAACUCCUUUUGUUUUAAUUUUCCAAGAAAUGUUUGCUAAAGAAGAAAAAAAUAAAAACUUUCGUCGCUUAUAUAACUUGAGACACAAUUAGAAAAAUUUAUAUCCGAGGAGUAAAAAAAUUAAAUAAAAUAGAAGUCAGGACAUAGUUUUUGAAAACGAUAAUGUUAAUGGAUUAAAUACAAAAAAAGAGAGAUAUUUUUAUAAAUGUACAAGCCGCAAAAAAGUUGUAAAUACAGUUGAUCGGAAGCUUUACGAAACAACCGCGUCGCCGAGACAGAAGCGUAGCGCUCUUCCCUGUAGCUUUUAGUCCUGUAAAUCCGUUUAUAAAUGAAGCUUCUCUCAUCACUGUUGUUUUUUUGAGGGAGGGGGCCAGCAAGGGGCAGCGGAGGACGGUGGGAAAGUUUAAGAAACGAAAUAAAAUAUUUAAGUUCUGUA